GCAGAAGUUGGAUGUCCUCAGCUCUCAGGCUAAGGUGGCAGGGCACCGCGCCGUGAUCGAGGCCUCCUAUUCCUUCGGCCGUUUCCACACUGCUGAGAUGACGGCUGCAGGCAAGUACCCACCCUCGCAGACCUUCGUCCUGGGUUGCGGCGUCGCCGGGCUGGCGGCCAUCGGAACGUCCAAAGCCAUGGGCUCCGUCGUGCGGGCCUGGGAUGUCCGCGAUGUCUCCGACCAGGUCCACUCCAUGGGCGCCAAGUGGGUCAGCGUGGACUUCAAGGAGAGUGGCGAGGGCCAGGGCGGUUACGCCAAGGAAUCCUCCGAUGCCUUCAAGAAGGUGCAGCAGGAGACUUUCAAGAAAGUCCUCUCCGAGUGCGACAUCGCCAUCUCCACAGCCGCCAUCCCUGGGCGACCCUCGCCUCUUCUGAUCACCAAGGACGCCGUGUCCGCCAUGCGUCCGGGGAGCGUCGUCGUGGAUCUUGCGGCGGCUGGUGGCGGCAACUGUGAGUUGACGAAGCCGGGGGAGGUCUACACCACCCCCAACGGUGUGACCAUCAUCGGAUACUCUGACAUGCCGGCGCGCAUGUCCAACCAGGCCAGCACCAUGUAUGCGCAGAACAUGUGCAACCUGCUGCGCCACAUCCACGGCAAGGAAAAGGCCGGCGCGUUCAUGAAGAACCUGCUCGGGGCUCUGGAUGCAGGCGAGGAGGGAGACAUCGUGUCCCGAAGCAUCGUCUGCAGCAGAGACGGGCAGCUGGUGAAGAUGCCUCCCCCCCCUCAGCCCACGCCGGUGAAGCCAAAAGCCGCGGCGCCGACGGCCGACAAGAAGGCGGCAGCCAAGCAGGAUCCAAUGAAGGCUGCCCUGAUUGGGGCCGUGGCCCUGACGAUUGGCGUCGGAUGCAUGCUCGCCAUGGGCGAAGGCGUGAAGACCUCGUUGCUGACCACUUUCCUGCUGGCCGGGGCUGCAGGGUAUCAGGCGGUCUGGGGUGUCGCGCAUGCGCUCCACACCCCGCUGAUGUCGGUGACGAACGCGAUUUCCGGGUGCACGGCCAUCGGAGGGCUCCUGUUGCUGGAGAAGACCGACUCCGGGUUCGCCUGGUUCCUGGCGGCCCUUGCGGUGCUCGUCUCUGCCGUCAACAUCUUCGGUGGCUUCGUCGUGUCCCAGCGCAUGCUGGACUUGUUCAAGAAGCCGGGUGACAAGGAUUUCUCAGGAAUGAUGCUCUUCCCCGGAGUUGUCUUCCUUCUGGUUGCCUUGACCCGCCCAGAGUUGCUGAAGACCGUCACCACCGUCUCUGCCCUGCUCUGCGUGGCCGCCAUCGGCGGACUCGCCACGAUGUCCACGGCUAACAUGGGCUGCAAGUUCGGAAUUGUGGGAGUAUUCGGUGCGAUGGUGGCCACGAUGGUGGAUCUUUCUGAGGAGAACCUGGUGGUCAGCUCCAUUCUGCUGGCCAUCGGCGCCACAGCAGGCACCACCCUGGGUAUGAAGGUGUCCCCCAUCGCCCUUCCCCAGACA